UAUAAAUAAAAUCUCUCUGUUCGUCCGUCUUCUUCCGAUCAUCUUUUAGGGUUCGAAACAAUGUACGACUGUAUGUUGGAUGAGGCCAAGCUGUGGCUGGACGAACCUCCGCAUCGUAAGAGGAAGCUCGAACCUCCACCACCACUACCGAUCGUAGACUAUUCCUUACCCACAACGUUUUCAGAUUCCGACGAGGAAGAGAUCGAUCCGGUGGAACGCGAGAAGUAUCGAAAACAGGUCGUCGAGUCCGGCGGGUUCGAUGUUGACUUCUUCCCUGUGUAUGGAAGCUUAGACCAAUCUGGAUCCACUCCUUCCACUGUAAUGUUGAGCAAGGUGGGACUCCAUUGCUACAACUUUGACAAGGGGACGAAUUUACAAUUCAGGAGUGUACAGAAAGCCAAUGAGGAGUUUGCUUCAUUUACUAUGUACUAUAUAACGGUUGAAGCGAUGGAUCCGUUCAGUGGUUCACCUGUUACUUUCCAGACCUGUGUGUGGGAUGCUGCUACAAAGAGCAACGAGAGCUCGAGAUUUAUCACUAAAGUGUGCAGAAUCAAAGGAACCGAAAAAGAAACUUCUCGGUGGGAUCACGGUGCUGUAGACGAGUUCUAUAAAGAUGAUAUCUCGUGGCUAGAGGAUGAUGCUCUUACAGGAAGUGAUAAGCUGCAAUACUAUGAGGUGAAGGAAUCGGAUCUGCGAGACAAUGAAUGGCUUCAACUAUAUGCUGAAGUUGUAAUGUUCUCCAAGUGGGAAACUGACCUUAGCGCUUAUUUGCCGGUGAAGAUGAAGAAAGUAGUGGUACGAACAAGGGAAGAUGUAGAGACGAGUAAGAAGCUCAGGUCAAAAAAUGCAACUUUCUACAUGAGUUUCACGGCCUGUGGGGGUCUCGAGUGCAGGGGCAUAAUAAGGCGGACGACUGAUGGAAGACCACAACACAUGAGCCUUCAAGUUAACUGUUGGAUCGACAAAUAGAGAGAUAUUGUCCUUUAUGUAUUUAAUUGAUCUUGCCAUUUCAGAACAUAGUUUUCUUCACACCUCCACUAGAGAAACGGCAUGCAUAUAUUAUAAUUUAGAAUCUUGACUGUCA